ACGGUGCUUUCCUCCUGGGUGAAGUGGAGCAGAGGAUCCCUCUCUGGCUGGUCUUGUAGGGAGGAGAACCGCCGUGGAGAGGAAAAGAUGUCUUGAAAUGGAGAGGCCCACCUCACUCACACAAGAACGUCUCCACAGGAGGGAGAUCAAUGGGCAGCGGCCAGGAGGUCAAUGGUCAAUGAAUGAAUCAAUCAAAGAAUCAAAAAGAAAAUGCAGGAGCAGAGGAGGCUCCAGGACCGGACAUCCUCUCUGGACAUGGUUGUGGUCACCGCCUCCCCUGUGUGGCUCACUACCGAGGACGCCUAUCCUGAGAACAGCAGCUUCCUCUAUGACUACGACUACCUGGACGAGCUGACCUUCCUGAUCUGCCGGAAGGAUGCGGUGUUGUCCUUUGGCCAAAUCUUCCUGCCCAUCUUCUACAGCCUGAUCUUUGUGCUGGGCCUGGGUGGGAACCUCCUUCUUCUUGUGGUCUUGCUCCGGUAUGUGCCUCGCAGGCAGAUGGUGGAGGUCUACCUCACGAACAUGGCCGUCUCCAACCUCCUGUUUGUGUUGACCCUCCCCUUCUGGGGCAUCUCUGUGGCCUGGCACUGGGUCUUCGGCAAUUUCUUGUGCAAGGUGAUCAGCAUCCUCUACACCACCAGCUUCUUCAGUGGCAUCUUCUUCAUCAGCUGCAUGAGCCUGGACAAGUACCUGGAGAUUGUCCACGCUCAGCCCCACCACAGGCUGAGGACCCGGGCCAAGAGCCUCAUCCUUUCUGCUGUGGUGUGGACCGUGGCCCUGGCCAUCUCCAUCCCCGACAUGGUCUUUGUGAAGACCCACGAAAACCCCAAGGGUGUGUGGAACUGCUACCCAGACUUUGGCGGGCACGGGACCCUCUGGAAGCUCUAUCUCCGCUUCCAGCAGAUCCUCCUGGGCUUCCUCCUUCCCCUCUUGGCCAUGAUCUUCUUCUACUCCCGCAUCGGCUGUGUCCUGGUCCGGCUGAGGCCCCUGGGCCGGGGCCGGGCUCUGCGGAUGGCCGGGGCUCUCGUGGUGGCCUUCUUUGUGCUGUGGUUCCCGUACAACCUCACCUUGUUCCUGCACUCGCUGCUGGACCUGAACGUGUUUGGAGACUGUGAGGUCAGCCACCACCUGGACUAUGCCCUGCAGGUGACCGAGAGCAUUGCCUUCCUGCACUGCUGCGUCACCCCUGUCCUCUAUGCCUUCUCCAGCCACCGCUUCCGCCAGUACCUGAAGAUGUUGCUGGCCGCGCUCCUUGGAGGGUGCCUGGUGCCUGGUGCGGCCCAGUCCAGCUGUACGGAGAGCAGUGGGCUGACUGCCCAAGAAGAGAUGACUGGCAUGAAUGAGCUGGGGAACAGGCAGGCGGAGGGCUCCCCGCAAAAGGGGGAUGCGGGAAGAGAGGAAGCAAGAACAACCACUCCAUAGUCUGCAGAGAGCUGCUGCUUGAUGGAAACCAGCCCAGGUAGACUUUUACCUCGGCCCAUCAUCCAAAGUGCUCCCACCAGCAUCCUCAGAGGCCACCAGGCCGAAUCGGGUGGCGGGUUCUCAGUCCUCCACCGUCAGCAGGGUGGGGUAGGGUCGGUGUCUGCUCCACUUUCUUGACUUACUUCAGAACCCUGCCUUCUCCCGUGAACUGCCCAACAGACCUCUGGACUGGAGGCUUGCUCUUCCACGAGCUGAUCAUCAUAGACUCGAUCUCACCUUCUCCGUAGCGGGAGCAGAGCACGUCGCUCGCAGUGUCCCACCCAGCUCCUCCUGGUGGCCCUCUGAUGGAUGGCCUGGGUGACCUGCCCCGCCUCUGCACUCUCUCUCUCACUUGUAUCUCCUCACCUGCCCUCAGAGCACGCUGUUCCAGGCACGCUGGCUGCCCACCCUUUCUCAGACAUUCCAGGCGCAUGUUCCCGGGGCUGGACUCUAACCCUUGCUAGAAUGUUCUUCCUGUAGGUGUCUACUCCUUCAGGCCUUUGCUGGGACCUCACCUCAGUUGGGACCUCACCUUCCCCACCCUGUUGAGUGCGGCUCCUAAGAAUCUACAUGAUUUGCUUA